GUUAGUCUGCAGCAGGACUGAAAUACUGAGGCUGAGACUGUAUUUAACUUGAUAGAAAUUAUAAUACUCGGUGUGAAAACUGGGAAAAUUUGUUUCCUGCUAUAAUUUUAGAGGACUGAAGCUGCACUCUCAGUGGACGGAAAGGUGAUGGAGAUGAAAAGCUGCUUCAAAUAUAUUCCUCGUGACAGCGCUGCUUCCUUUGGGUUAACCAUCCUGAUAUUUGGCGUCAUUAUUUACUACAGUUACCUGACGUGCAGCUGCGAUGGCCGAACUUUUCGAUGCAAUGAAUUCAUGGCUGUCCCAUUUUUCAUCGUGUUCUUCCUAACGCUCCUGAUAGACCGGACGUUUCGGAGAACAGCGAAACACGCUGCGAUCCUUUCAGGUGUUGUAGUCAAGCGCGUCAUCAGAGCGAUUUUAUUUGGUCUGCUGUGGGUUGUGCUUCUGUUAGUUCAUGGAGACUGGUACUUCUGCUGUAAGACUGAUGAGGAGAACAUCACGCUGCCCUGCAAAAGUAAUCUCACACCCGAAGAAGAAGCCAAAAAAACUGAAGCGAUAAACACAUCGAAGGUUACUGGCUACACUUUGUUGCUGGGUAUAAUUGUAGCAGCUUUGUUAACAUCAUGGAGUGGGUGGAGAAAAGUCUGUGAGAAAAAGCUGGGCUUGUACAGCAGGAAAACUCUGUAUUACCAAGUGGUUUUGGAAGAGGAGGAAAAAAUUCUGGAGGAGCUUUUGAGGAGAGCCGUAAAUGAGAACUUGACCAAAGAAAUUAUGAACAACAUAAAUAGGAAAGACUGGGACGGCUGUUUAUAUGCUGCAGAAGAGAUGAUUAACGAGGCCAAACAACAGAAACCAAGAGCAACAAAGGAGUACAUCAGGUGGACCAGCGUGGAGAGCGCCACAGGAGGGGAACAGGCUGAACAAAGAGCAGCACAUCAGCAGGCACAAAGUCUUGAACUUCAGUCAGUGUGAGAAGAGAUCAGAGACCCCACACCGUUAUUCAACAAACCGCCUAAGACGAACAUCAAGUGAUGCAGCUACAGACGUUACUACAGAGAACCCAUAAAUCAAUCAAUCAAUCCAUCCAUCCAUCCAUCCAUCCAUCCAUCCAUCCAUCCAUCCAUCCAUCCAUCCAUCCAUCCAUCCAUCCAUCCAUCCAUCCCUUCCAGGGUGACACCUGGAAACCAGCACAGAUAUGCAGUUGCUCUCUACACAUUGUUUGAAUAUUCCAUGCAGUAAUAUGCAUUUUCUUUGAUACUGCUGUUUGUAAUAACUGCAGUAUUUUACUGUACUGUUCUCGUGUGGACCCUGCUGAGGAUUCUGGAUGAGUACAAAUCACCCUCAGGGGCGUACAAAUAUCCUUCUGCUUGCUCAGUCAUUUAUUUCACUGUUCUUCAGAAUGUUUUAGUUCACCUGAACUUUCUUUUUGUGGUUUCGCCCUUAUGGUUCUGUUUCAGUUUGUUUAAUGAUCUGUAUUUGUUAGUUAUGGUUAUUAUAUUGAAUCCCUGCUCCCCUUGCAGUACCCCUGUGUCUGUCCUGUCCCUCUUUCGUGUCCCCGGGUUAUGUGUUUUUUCCUGUGUGGUGUGUCAAGUCUGCGUUCCUGUCUCUGUCUAGUUGUUUCCUGUUUUACUUUGACAGUCCCUUGUUCCAUGUGCUUUGUGUUUAAUUUUGCUUCCUUCUCAUUAGUGUUAUUCUGUUCACCUGUUCUCUCCGGGUGUUUCCACUCUCCUCUCGUAACAUUGUGUGAAUAUAUUGUCUGUGUCAAUGAAUCCCUGCUGAGUGUCACCCUGCCUGUUAGUUUUGUAGUUCUGGUACCCGUCCAGCUCAGUUUAUUUGUAUAGAGUGUUUCAUGUCAUUCCAUUAAUA